ACUGGAGAAGAGAUUUGGAAAUCACUAAUAGCUGGUGGUUAAAGCCGUGGAGGGAAUGAGACGGUCAAGGACAACCAUGAUGAAUACCAACAUUCCGGGACAUAGACUCAGAAGAGAACAAGAGAAUUAUGCCAGGGUUUGAGAGCCCUUGAGGGAGAUAAUGGGUAGCAAUGGCAGCUGCUGCAGAGAGGUCAGAUAAGGUGUUAACUGAAAAAACGUCCUUUGGACUUGGCAUGUGUAGAAAGCCUUUGGUGACCUUAGUGAGAGCAGUAUCAGUGGCAUGAGGGGGUCAGAAAUGAAUGGUGACCUGAGAAACAAGAAGGUGAAGUGAUACUUUUUUUUUUUUUAAGGGAGCUUGGCUCUGAAGGGAGGAAGAGUAUGAGCUCUGGAAAUCUGAAGAGGAAGGAUUUUUUUUUUUAAUGGUAGAAACUAGAAGUGGUGAAGAUAGGAAUAAGUAGAAAUAUGUUUAAAGAUGUGGGGAUUCCUGCUUCAAAUAUGUCAAUGUCAUAAAAGGCCAGAAAAACACACACACACACACCAGCAUCUAUUGUAGAUUUAAGUAGACCAAAGAGACAUGACAGCUCACUGUGAUAAUGUGAUCAUUGGUUGGAUCCUAGACUUCUAAAAAGUUAUAUGGCUUGCCUUUCUUUCUUUCUUUCUUUUUUUUGGACCUUUGGGGGAAAUUUGACUGUGGACUAGAUAUUAGGUGAUGUUAGAGAAUUACUCAUUUUAAUAGCUAUGAUUCUGGAGCAGAAUCACCCCAGUUGAGAUUCCACUGUUCCACAGCAAUGUCUCCUAAUUGUGAGGUGUGUCUGUAAUCAGCAGGGAAGAGGUUUGAAAUCUGCACCUGGGUCCCAUUCCCAAGGUUCUGACAAUUCAGUAUAUCCAAGGUGGUGCAUGAUACCUUGAUUUUUGCAACUCUGCAAGUGAUUCUGCCUGUGCCCUUGCAGGUGUAAGCCACUGUUAAGAGUCAAGCUCGCUCAUCGGAACUUCCCUCUGUGGCAAAGCUCAUUUCUGCCAGAGUUGGACCUUCUUUCUGGAGGGAUUUUGUAUUAGAAGACAUGGAUCUUGCUGCUAAUGAGCUCAGCAUUUAUGACAAACUUUCAGAGACUGUUGAUUUGGUAAGACAGACGGGCCAUCAGUGUGGCAUGUCAGAGAAAGCAAUUGAAAAAUUUAUCAGACAGCUACUGGAAAAGAAUGAACCUCAGAGGGGGCCACCCCAGUAUCCCCUCCUUCUAGCUGUGUACAAGGUCGUCGUAACCCUGGGAUUAAUCUUGCUCACUGCCUACUUUGUGAUUCAACCUUUCAGCCCAUUACCACCUGAACCAGUGCUUUCUGGAGCUCAUACCUGGCGCUCACUCAUCCAUCACAUCCGGCUGAUGUCUUUGCCCAUUACCAAGAAGUAUAUGCCAGAAAAUAAGGGAGUUCCUCUGCAUGGGGGUGAUGCAGACAGACCCUUUCCAGACUUUGACCCCUGGUGGACCAAUGAGUGUGAGCAGAAUGAGUCGGACCCCAUCCCUGCCAACUGCACCGGCUGUGCCCAGAAAUUACCCCUCAAGGUGAUGCUCCUGGAAGACACCCCAAGGAAAUUUGAGAGACUCCAUCCUCUGGUGAUCAAGACCGGACAACCCCUGUCAUCUGAGGGGCUUCAGCGCUUUUUGUGCCAGUACCCUGAGGUUGCAGAAGGCUUCACCGAAGCAUUUUUCACCAAGUGGUGGCGCUGCUUUCCUGAACGGUGGUUCCCGUUUCCUUACCCAUGGAGAAGACCUCUGAACAGAUCACACCUUUUACGUGAGCUUUUUCCUGUGUUCACCUACCUGCCGUUUCCAAAAGAAGCCUCCUUGAAAAAGUGCUUCUUUCUUCAACCAGAACCUAUUGUGGGGAGUAAGAUGCAUAGGAUGCAUGACCUGUUUACCAUUGGCAGCGGCGAGGCCAUGUUGCAACUCAUCCCUCCCUUCCAGUGCCGAAGACAUUGCCAGUCCAUGGCGAUGCCACUAGAGCCAGGGGAUAUUGGCUAUGCUGGCGCCACCCACUGGAAGGUCUACAUUAUAGCCAGAGGGGUCCAGCCUUUGGUCAUUUGUGAUGGAACCACCCUCUCACAACUGUAGGAAACAGAACUAAAGGAACAGGUUUGAGAGCUGAAGACCGGAUCGAAAGGGGGAAAAUAAAAACAAAAAACGAUGAAACCACUUUCCAGGGGUUGGUUGCUUAGUUGCCUGCCCUGUGCAUGCGUGUGUGAGCCAGUUGUGUGCUGGAAGCAAAGGCCAGAGCCCAGCCCUCCCAACUCUUACAGCCCAGUUGCUUGGCCAGGACCUUGCCAAUACCCAUCUGUGAGAGACUGGCCUCUUCCAGGCCUUUUGGCACCAAAGCCUUGAGGCUGCCCUUCAGGCAGGGAGCACGGUUGAUACCUUCCCUCACUUGCAUGACAUGAUCCCCUCUGCUGGCUCCCUGGCCACGAGAGGGCAGUCACCAGGUCCUGACUUUAGAGCCAUCCUCUACCAGGUGGGCCUGCCUGUCCUCUCUUCCUGGUCACACCACCCUGUACUGUUUUUGGAAAGCCAUGGAUGAUUAAAGAAGUCAUUGCAGUUUCCCAAGCAGAAUGGAAUCUAGAACCGGUGAAAAAGGAUCAAAUAACCUCAAACUGCACUCAAGAAGUGCACUUCUUUCCCAGUGUCCAUGGCUUUUGGAGUAUCAGCGAUGCCAGGUCGGAGUCUGAUUGUAAUUGAAAUGGUAAUUCCUAAGGUAAUUCUUGUCUCCAUUCUAUCAGUUCUUAUGCCUCUCCCCUCCCUCCCCUUCUCCCUUGCCUAUCUGGAUGGCUUCUCAGAAGUUGGGCUCCUGGUCUCCCUCCCUUGGAUGGGCCAGCGCCCUUUACUGCUGAGGCAGCACUGCUCUUGUCAACUAUGUUGCUUUUACCAAAUGUCUUCGGAGGGGGAGAGGGUGCCUCCCCGGGUUUGAUCUUUAGGGUCCAACUUUCUGCAGGAAAGAUGUUUUACAGACGUGUCAAGCUGAUGUUGUAAUGUGGUUGGGGAAGGAACUCCAGACCCAGAGUCUUGGCCAGCUGGGCGUACGACUGUGUGACCCUCUGUCUUGAAAUGAUUUCUCUCUCUGUACUGGGAGCCAAGGUGAGGUGUUUUUAUUUUUUGUGAAAUUAUAAAAUCAUGUUUUUUUUUUUUUUUUUU